GCCUAGAGAGAAACGAAACUCUCCUGGGGUGCAGGUCAACAUGGACCUGUACCGCACACCAGCCGGAGCUCUGGACAAGCUGGUGGCCCGCAGCCUGCACCCGCUCCCCGAGUUCAUAUCGGCUGUGCGAGGUGCUCUGGGGGCCCUGGACGUCACCCUGCGGAAGCAGGGAGCCCAAGGGUCACAGAGACCAAGGGUGAUAAGGAUCGCCAAGGGAGGAGCCUAUGCCCGGGGCACAGCUCUCAGGGGUGGCUGUGACGCCGAACUUGUCAUCUUCCUCAACUGCUUCAGGAGCUAUGGGGACCAGAAGACCUGUCACACAGAGACCCUGGGUGCCAUGAGGGUGUUACUGGAGUCCUGGGGGCUGCACCCUGGGCCUGGCCUGACUUUUCAGUUUUCUGAGCCAAAGGCACCUGGGGACUUGCAGUUUCGUCUGGCUUCGGCAGACCAGGAAAACUGGAUGGACGUUAGCCUGGUGCCUGCCUUUGAUGUCCUGGGACAGCCCCGCCCUGGAGUCAAGCCCACACCCCAGGUGUACUCCUCCCUCCUCAGCAGCGGCUGCCAGGCUGGGGAGCACGCAGCCUGCUUCACAGAACUCCGAAGGAGCUUCGUGAACGUUCGCCCAGCCAAGCUUAAGAACUUAAUCCUGCUGGUCAAACACUGGUACAGACAGGUACAGACGCAGGAGGCCGUGAGGGCCACGCUGCCCCCCAGCUACGCCCUGGAGCUGCUUACCAUCUUUGCCUGGGAGCAGGCCUGUAGGAAGGAUGCCUUCAGCCUGGCCCAAGGGCUCCGGACUGUCAUGGCCUUGAUCCAGCAAAACAAGCACCUCUGCAUUUUCUGGACGGAAAACUACGGCUUCGAAGACCCCGUGGUUGGGGAGUUCUUGCGCAGGCAGCUUGAGAGGCCCCGGCCCGUGAUCCUGGAUCCAGCUGACCCGACUUGGGAUGUGGGCAACGGGACAGCCUGGCGCUGGGAUGUGCUGGCCAAGGAGGCCGCGUCCUGCAUUAAUCAGCAGUGCUUCCUGGAGGCAUCAGGAGUCCCAGUGCAGCCUUGGGAGGUGUCUGGCCUUCUCCAUGCUGGGAUUUUGGGUUUGGACCACCCCAUCCGACGAGGGCCUAACGAGGCCCUGGAAGACAAGAAAGGCCAUGGUGCUGUGCUGCCAAAGACAAGGAGCCUGCAGCCUUCCGAUUCAGCUCCAGGGGUCCCAGAAGCAACCACCGAGGCUGUUCUGCCCACAGCCUGUAAAGCCAGCAGAAGCCUCAAAGCAGCGCAUCCAGGGACCGUCGGGAAAACAGCACCGAGUGUCUCAAUUCACGUUAGGAUCACCCAGAGCACCCCAUCCUCAAACGCACCUCCCCGCCGCUCAAUCGCAACCAGCGUCUCCACCGCUGGGUCAGAGAUGGUCCCGGAUCUGUCGCAAAUCCCCAGCAAGGAGCUGGACUCCUUCAUCCAGGACCACCUGAAGCCGAGUGCCCAGUCCCAGCAGCAGGUGAGGCAGGCCAUCAACGCCAUCCUGCGAUACCUCCAGGAGAAGUGUGUACACAAAGCUUCCAGGGUCAGCAAGGGCGGCUCUUUCGGCCGCGGCACAGACCUCAGGGGCGUCUGCGACGUGGAGCUUGUCAUCUUUUACAAAGCCCUCGGGGACUUCAAGGGCCAGAGGUCCCGCCAAGCAGAGAUCCUGUGUGACAUGCAAACCCAGCUACAGGUCUGGUGUCGGGACCCGGCGCCUGGACUGAGCCUCCGGUUUGCUGAACAGAACAGGCCCAAUGCUCUGCAGCUCCAGCUGGUGUCCACAGACCUCAGCAGCUGGGUGGACAUCAGUGUGCUGCCCACUUUCGAUGCUGUGGGGCCACUGAAUGCCAGCACCAAACCCCAGCCGCAGGUGUACUCGUCCCUCAUCAGCAGCGGUUGCCAGGCGGGGGAACAUGAGGCCUGCUUUGCAGAGCUCCGAAGGAGCUUCGUCAACAUCCGCCCAGUCAAGCUUAAGAGCCUGAUGCUACUGGUCAAGCACUGGUACCGCCAGGUUACCACUCGAGAUAGAGGAGGAGAGGCAGCGGGCGCCACUCUGCCCCCAGCCUACGCCCUGGAGCUUCUGACAAUCUUUGCCUGGGAGCAAGGCUGUGGGGAGGAGAAGUUCAGCAUGGCUGAAGGCCUGCGGACCAUCCUGAGGCUGGUCCAGAAACACCAGUCACUCUGUGUCUACUGGACAGUCAACUACAGCGUGCAGGACCCGGCCCUCAGAGCACACCUUCUCGGCCUGCUCCGGAAAGCCAGGCCUCUAGUCCUGGACCCUGCGGAUCCCACCUGGAACGUGGCCCAGGGCAGCUGGGAGCUGUUAGCUCAGGAGGCAGCCGCCCUGGAGUCACAGGUCUGCCUUCAGAGUGGGGAUGGGACUCUGCUGCCACCCUGGGAUGUGAUGCCAACCCUCCUUCACCAGACCCCAGCUGAGGACCUGGACAAGUUCAUUAGUGAAUUCCUCCAGCCCAACUCCCACUUCCUGACUCAGGUGAAGAAAGCGGUUGACACCAUCUGCUCCUUCCUGAAGGAGAACUGCUUCCGGAACUCUACCACCAAGGUGCUCAAGGUGGUCAAGGGCGGGUCUUCUGCCAAAGGCACUGCUCUACAGGGGCGCUCAGACGCUGACCUGGUAGUAUUCCUCAGCUGCUUCCGCCAGUUCUCGGAGCAAGGCAGCCAUCGGGCUGAGCUCAUCUCAGAGAUCCAGGCUCAGCUGGAGGCGUGCCGGCAGAAGCAGCACUUCGACGUCAAGUUUGAGAUCUCCCAGAGGAAGAAUCCCCGAGUGCUCAGCUUCUCGCUGACAUCCCAGACGAAGCUGGACCAGAGUGUGGACUUUGACGUGCUGCCAGCCUUCGAUGCCCUUGGCCAGCUGAGGUCCCACGCUAGGCCUGAUCCCCAGGUCUAUAGAGACCUCAUCCACAGCUACAGUAAUGCGGGUGAGUUCUCCGCCUGCUUCACGGAGCUGCAGAGGGAUUUCAUUAUCUCCCGUCCCACCAAACUCAAGAGCCUCAUCCGGCUGGUGAAACACUGGUACCAACAGUGUAACAAGAAGCUCAAGGGGAAGGGCUCCUUGCCACCCCAGCAUGGGCUGGAGCUCCUGACGGUGUACGCCUGGGAGCAGGGCAGCCGGAACAGCCAGUUCAACAUGGCGGAGGGCUUCCGCACCGUUCUGGAGCUGGUUGGCCAGUACCAUCAGCUCUGCAUCUACUGGACUGUCAACUAUAGUGCAGAGGACGAGACCAUUGGUGACUUCCUGAAGAUGCAGCUUCAGAAGCCCAGGCCCAUCAUCCUGGAUCCAGCUGACCCGACAGGCAACCUGGGCCACAAUGCCCGUUGGGACCUGCUGGCCCAGGAGGCUAGAGCAUUCACGUCUGCCCUGUGCUGCAUAGACAAGGAUGGCACCCCCAUCAGGCCAUGGCUGGUAAAGGCCACCGUGUGAAGUCUAGAAAGAUCAGUGGUCACACCGCCUGACCGAAAGUGACAUCAGCCCUCAGCAUGGGAGCCUCAAGAGUAUCUGGCCAGAUUGUGUGUGUGUGUGUGUGUGUGUAUGUGUGUGUGUGUGUGUGUGUGUGUGUAUAUGUGGUGUGUUUGUGAGCAGAUCUGUGUGUGUCUGUGUGUCUGUAUAUGUAUCUUUGCGUGUCUAUAUGUGUAUGUAUAUAUGUGUGUCUUUGUAUGCUAUAUGUGUGUAUGUGUAUGUAUGUGUGAAUGUGUAUAUUUGUGUGUCUGUGUGUAUAUAUGUAUGUAUGUGUGUAUCUGUGCAUGUAUGUAUGUGUGUGUAUUUUUCUGUGUGUGUGUCUGUCAGUAUGUGUAUGUAUAUAUGUAUGUGUGUGUAUGCGUGUGUGUAUAUGUGUGUCUCUGUGUGCUCUCUUACAGCAUCUCCCUUCUGACCACCUGCCAACCCUCAUCCCUCCCUUUCUUCCCAUUGUUUACCCUCACUCUGGAGCUUCAUUGACCUCUACUGUGAUGGUCCCAGCACCACGCUAGACAUCCCAGGAGCCAGGCAUCUCUGAAACUCCAGUCUGCUGUUCACCUAUCCUGUGCCCUGCCCACACCCCUCGGCCACUCCCAGCAGCACCUCAGCCCUGCCAAGAAGCCACGCUCCUCCCUGGCCUCUCUCUGCCCCUCCAUCCCUCUUACAUCCCUCCACCUGCAGAGAGCCAGCUGUGGUCCAGCUCUGUUCUCCAUAUGAUGAGAGACCAUGAACACAAUGGGCAGUUGUUUUGGUGACUACAAAAUACCUAGGCCCACAGCCACAGCCACAGAGUAAGGAAAACGAGGGAUAAGUGGGCCUUAGGAAUGUAGGAGGGGCAGGAAGAGCUGAAGAGUUCCCAGGCCUCACCUGGGCCCCACACACUUCCUCAGCUUUCCUGAGUCAUCACCUGGGAAAGCUGAGGCUUUUUGAUACUGUGGUGCUUAGGGUUCACCCACACCCCUGCCAGUCCCCACCCAUGCUCUGUAAGUAACCCCAAUGAACCCAUUGGCUCACCCAUUUAGACUCUGGGAAUCUUUGUACCCUUUCUGGGAUGAACAGACAUGUGUUCGUGUCUCACCAGGAAAGGUCAUGCGACACCAUCCUGCCUCCUGAUUGAUGUAUUUUGUUCCCAAAUGCAGUGGAGAUAGGAGUCCUGAGGAGGACGAGAAGGAAUGGGUUUGCAAGUCCUGAUCCAUAAGCCUGUAUUCCAGCAAGAAUCUUCAACUUUGCCACACUGUGGGUGGACUAUGGAUGGUGUUUGUCUCUCCUCCCCUAUCACAACCAGGACAAAUGUCUACCAGUCCGUCUUACAUGGGAAAAUACCUGCACUCUUCUAGUGUCUGAAUGACAUCUAGGGGCCCAGAGAGUGGGGGGCAGACAUAUCCUAUGAAUGUUCCA